AUGAGAUUAAUUCCGACGAUAGUGUUGGCGUUUGGCCUUGCCGAAGCUCUAGAAACUCAUCGAGUUGCCCGAGCAGCUCAUCACUUCGGACUUGGAGCUCAUACAAACAAGCCUAAACCUUCGAAGGCGCCAAAGCCCCCUAAACCAUCAAAAGCCCCAAAACCACCAAGACCGCAAAAUUCAAACAACAACAACAAUAAUCGACCAAACAACCAAGGCGGCGGCAACAACAACGAUCCAAGAUGUGAUCCUACCUGGAGUCAGAAAAAAUGCACAAGAGCUCGCAAGCGAUUCGAAAAACGGGAAGAACGACGACGAAGACGAGAGCAAAAGCUCGCAAACCGACCGGGCAAGGGAAAGUAA